AUGUCCCACACUUACGUGCUCCUUCAGUUUGGGUCUGAUCCCUUCUCGUUCCGCUUCGAGGAUUUGGAGGGCAGACCAGCCUUCACUGUUAAUGAACGCUUCCAGGUUUACCAAAAUCCUAGUGUUGUGAAGGUGACUCGUGAAGCCGAGUGGAGUCAGCAACAUCCAGACAUCAUGGGACCCACCUCCGCCUUCCUCUACUUCGGUCCAGCCAACACCCGUGGGUAUAUGGUGUAUGGUAAUGGCGAACAAAUCAGCAUGGCGACUCAUCUCCGUCAAAAAAAGGAAGGUAGUCCUUCUCGGUAUUUCAGCACGCGAACAGGGAAAGAACUCAAGUGGAAGGUUUCACCCCAAAAAAUGGAGUGCGUGGACGGCCGUUCUACUGUCGCAGUCUGGGAGUUGAGCCAGCCAGAAGACGUAUUCUCUGCACGCCUUCUUCUCAAACACUCCGCACUCAGCUAUGUUACGGAACUUCUUACAACUCUGAUUCUCAAUCGCAUGGGGCUGGCAUUAAAUUGGGAUGCGUAG